AGACAGCCUGCUCCCAGGCGGAGGCGGGGAAGUGAGCUGCCGCCGGCUUGCUCUUCCUGCUCUUCCUGCUCUUGCUUCCCCGCGAGAUGAGUACCUGCUGCGGACCCAGGAGAAGCGUCCCUGGGUGGACUCUUGGAAUUCGUGGUUACUUGAGUUACUUUUCACUAAAACGUUGUACAGACGAUUAACUGCUUCUGAAGGUCUGGAGCUCUGGGCCCUGUUCUUCAGCCCUCGGUUGCUCCUGGGCCUCUGCUUGGAACCACGGCCCUUCUACAGCUCCCUGUGCCCCGUCCCUGGCCUACACGUUAAACGCUGUCCGCCCUCUCUGGCCACAGCAAUGGUAUUCAGGCAGCCUUCCUUCUGUGGCCUGGCUGCGCACUGCCUCUGGCUCCUGGGUGUUGUCCUUUUGAUGGACGCAUCUGCACGACCUGCCAACCACUCAUCUGCUCGGGAGAGGGCAGCCAACAGGGAGGAGAAUGAGAUCCUGCCCCCAGACCACCUGAAUGGGGUGAAGCUGGAGAUGGAUGGGCACCUUAACAAGGACUUCCACCAGGAGGUCUUCCUGGGGAAGGACAUGGAUGGGUUUGACGAGGAUGCAGAGCCUCGGAGGAGCCGUAGAAAGCUGAUGGUCAUCUUUUCCAAGGUGGAUGUGAACACUGACCGGAGGAUCAGUGCCAAGGAGAUGCAGCGUUGGAUCAUGGAGAAGACGGCUGAGCACUUCCAGGAGGCUGUCAAGGAGAACAAGAUGCACUUUCGGGCUGUGGACCCUGAUGGCGAUGGCCACGUGUCCUGGGAUGAAUACAAGGUGAAGUUUCUGGUAAGCAAAGGCCACAACGAGAAAGAGGUUGCUGAUGCAAUCCGGAACCACGAGGAGCUCAAGGUGGACGAGGAGACACAGGAAGUCCUGGAGAACCUCAGAGAUCGCUGGUAUCAGGCAGACAACCCGCCCGCGGACCUGCUGCUGACGGAGGAGGAGUUCCUGUCCUUCCUUCACCCUGAGCACAGCCGGGGCAUGCUCAAGUUCAUGGUCAAGGAGAUCAUCCGGGACUUGGACCAGGACGGCGACAAGCAGCUUUCCCUGCCGGAGUUCAUCUCCCUGCCUGUGGGCACCGUCGAAAACCAGCAGGGCCAGGACAUUGACGACAGCUGGGUGAAAGACAGGAAGAAAGAGUUUGAGGAGCUAAUUGACUCCAACCACGAUGGAAUCGUGACCAUGGAGGAGCUGGAGAACUACAUGGACCCCAUGAACGAGUACAACGCCCUCAACGAGGCCAAGCAGAUGAUCGCCAUUGCGGAUGAGAACCAGAACCACCACCUGGAGCCCGAGGAGAUCCUCAAGUACAGCGAGUUCUUCACGGGCAGCAAGCUCAUGGACUACGCCCGCAACGUGCACGAGGAGUUCUGAGUGGCUAUCGGGCCGUCUGCCUCCCUGCCCCUCAUGUGUGGGCGCCGGGGACUGGUGUGGUCCUGAGGUGGCCACCUGACCCACUGCGGGGGCCACCCCAGGCCACAGCUUGCUGCCCAGAACCUUCCCUCCUGCUGGCUGUGACAAAGCUCUGGCUCACUGCCCAGCCAUGGUGUGGCCCAGCUUCAUUAAAAAAUGUGCUCCCCUAGCCUGUGUGUCCCUCCACAGUGCGAGCCG